CUCUCUCCCUCACAGACUCUCUGUAGUUUGUCUUCUUGACACACCUUUUGUUGUCUCGGUCAGCUAACGGGUGCUAGCAGCAUCAGCCGCCUCCACUACCCGACAGCGGCGACACUGAGGUUGGAGGCAAAAGAGUUCAGCCGAGGGAGCCGAGACGUGACGGGGCCGACACACUGCCAGGAUGAGUGGGGAUGAUCUGAACCCAGCUGCAGUGCCUCAGCCAGUAGAGGAUGUGCACGGAGAUGGACGCUGGAUGUCACAGCACACCAGAUUUGUGCAAGAGUGUAAGGAUGCUGAACCAGAUGUGCUGUUUGUGGGGGAUUCUAUGGUGCAACUAAUGCAGCAGUUUGAGGUCUGGAGGGAGUUAUUCUCUCCUCUUCAUGCGCUCAACUUUGGCAUUGGAGGAGACACAACCUGUAACGUGCUGUGGAGGCUGCAGAAUGGAGAGCUGGAGAACAUCCGUCCCAAGGUGGUGGUGUUGUGGGUAGGAACCAACAAUUACGAACACACAGCAGAGCAAGUUGCAGGAGGAAUUCUUGCUAUUGCACAGCUGCUCACCUCCCGCCUCCCCAAAGCAAAGAUAGUUGUACUGGGCUUGUUGCCUCGAGGCGAGCGUCCUAACCCACUGAGGGAGAAGAACGCUGCGGUUAACGGGUACCUUCGCUCCUGGCUGCCGCGACUGGGCCAGGCUCAGUACCUCGAUGUGAGCAGGGAGUUCGUCCACUCUGAUGGAACCAUCAUCCUGCAGGACAUGUUUGACUUCCUCCACCUGACGUCGACAGGCUACCGCGCCAUGGCGAAGCCCCUCAGUGACCUGCUGCUUCAGAUACUGGAGGAGACGCCGGAGGAGAGACGGGCGUCACUGGUUUGAGGGCCACGGCCGAGCAGCACAUUUAUCCAGAGGCAUGUCUCACCCGCUGCUGUAGGAGACGGGGGAGACAUGCCCCUGGUUAUCUGGAGGAGGAAGGGCUCACUUAUAGGGGGAAGAGGCACCCCGAUGUGAGUGAGCCCACUAGGGGUGUGGGAUCACAUUCAUGAGCGGAGGGUUGGGUGUGGAGAGGUGCUAAAGAGGGAGAGAGACCUCACUACAGACGUAGACACUGUGAUUGCAGUAGUAACCUCUAUUGCAGAAGGAUUUACCAAGAUCAAACUACUCUGAUUCAUAGACAGAUAUCCUGAGAUCACACGGGACUACAGUGGCACAUAAACACAGAUUGUCACGGAGAUAUGAUACAAAACAGAAAAACACAAUCUAAUUUCUUCCUCCAUGUUUUGUUUGAUUUCCGCAAAACGGUUAGCUGUGCGGCCUCUCUGUUAACACAUGAGACGUCCAGUGCACAAGCACACUCACAGUAGGCAGAACAUUAUCCAACAUUGUACAAUGUUAUGAGUCUGACCGGUAUGCUACAGAGCGGUGGUUCCCAACCCGGGGGCCAGGGUCCCCCGGGGUGUCACAAGACCUGGUACACAAAAUUCAGUUUCUUUUUUUUUUUCUGACAAACAGUUGAAACAGUCUCAGAUGUCAAAAUCUCUCUUGGGUGUGACAUUGUUUCCUUUUAAGAGUCCACAAGUCAAAAAGGUUGGGAACCACUGCUCAGAGGGGCUUCUGUUAAGAUGCACACAGCGGUGAGCAGUAUUUAAAAAAUUACUCUCACUAUUAGACAGUUUUGCUUAAAGCAUCACCACGUGAAGCAAAUGGCAUAUAAAGUUAAUUUACUAUGAUAGUUUAGUCAGUCCAGUUGUUUAUAUGUACUAUUUCAUAUACUCAGCCAAACACGAGCACUUAGCCUGCUGCAGUAAAUGUUCACCUUUGAACUCAGUGUGUAACUAUUUAGAUGUCUUUUGAAACCGUUAAUCAAUAUGAAAAAGAUCAGUGUAAUCUGGAGAGUUAACUACCACAGACCACACAUACAGCAGAGCACUACUUCAUUCCUGUGAACUAAAAGUUCAACUCAAACCUGACGUCAGUGUUCGCUGCAAUGCAUGCAUGUUUUUAAGACUCAGCGUUGGUGUAGAAAGAAACGCUUGUGCAUUAAAUUAGUGAAUAUCAAUCAAAAUCAUGUAUUCAUAUGUAUUAAUUAGUGAUGUGAGACUGUGGAAUCUACCUGUCUGAUAAUCUGCGUAUGUCUUCCAAACACCUCCCCGACUCUGCUGCUUACAUGCACAUCACAUCCACAAGUGUAUUUACAUUGUAUUUUUAGAAUGACACCGUUUGUGUCCAUAUAAAUCUACUGUGAUAUUUCAUUUUAAUGUCUAAAAAAAACAAGUAGGUUACACAUUUCUUAUGCUUUGUAUCGCUAAACUAAAGUCCUGCCAGCUUUUUAAAUUGUGCUCCUAACAACUUCUUGACUGUGUCCUUCGUAUCUGUUGGACAUCUUUGAACCGAAAAAAUAUUUCAGUGCACUUGAUUUUAUCUUCUUUUUUUUUUUUUUUUACAACCAAGUAGAAACCGUUCACAGUCUUCCUGCUUUCACCUCACAUUGCUAAUCAUAAGGUGAGUUAUUCCUUAUAAAAAUACAGAUUGAUUUGGGACAGUAUCUAUCUACGUCUAUAUCUCACACUAAUAUAUCCAAUUAUUCACAGUCAGACUUUGACUAGCACAGGCUCUCUCUCCCUCUCCCUCCUAAAUACAUAAAUAUACAGUAUUUUCUCUUAGAAGUACCUCUUUGUUCUGUUUCUCACCUCCUUUUUAUUUCUCUCCCUGUCGUACUUGUAGUUCUCACCCAGCCCUGCCACCCUGGAACCUGACAUCUCCACAUGGUAUAGUUACUGAAUAUUUUUAGGAAUAAAAAGUAGCCAAAUGGUUAAGCUACUGAACACAGCUAUACUGAAUAUUGUCACGCUAAAUGCUAAAAAGCAAUCACAGGUCAUGUAAAGAAAACCAUUUGUCUGUGAGCUUAUACCGAGAGUCUUUUGUCGAGCAUCAAAUUAUCCGACGUUACUGCUGUCUUAAGCUCUGCACGUUUGCGUGCUGUGUUAAAUAUAAAUAGUGUAUGUGUGUGUGCCUUAAGUGUUCAUGGGGACGGUUGUGUGCAGUAUGUCUGGUACCGGAUUGUGUAAGUUGGACGUAUGAGUGUCUAGAAAUGACCCCCAGUUGUAUAUAAGACAAGUGAAGCUUGAGGAAAUGAUGCUUGAAGCGGGGGGGUUCAGAUUGUGGGAGUUGGUGCGAUUCAGCAUUUGCACUGUUUUGGCUUGUUGUCACGUCAUUGAGGUAAAGCAUUCCAAUAAAAAAUAAAUAAAAAAAUAAACAAGGA